CUCCAGUCGUCAUACUCGUCUGAUCGAGCAACAUGCGCUAGCCUUUGUCCUCCCUGACCACCCGCAGUACCCCGCUGUUUACUGGCCCCGUAAACACCUCGUCUCCCCUCCCCGCCGUCUCUUUCUUUUCUCCAUCCUCUCCCUCCGUGGUGUCUCUAAAUCAGAGAACGCUCAAUUGCAAUUGCACCGUCAUCCCCUUCCAUUGGACCUGCUCCAACCAUUCGUCCCUCAACCCCGCCCUCGCCUCUGGCCCAUCGCUUCUCGCUCAGCAACUCGAGCUUCGCGGCAAUCGACAUCCUGCGAAUGGCUACCGCGGUGAACUCGGCUGCGCCGCGCGAGCGUCGCCCGUCGACCAGCGCCCCGCUGUCGGAUUUCCAGGGUCCUGUUGGUCCCGAGGGGUUCACGAGGCCAAAGCACAAGAGAACCGUCACUGGGUUCGGUCCCGGCGAGAUCAAGAGCGUUGAGGCGAGCAUUCCGGAGCCGCAGCGGGCUGCUUGGAGGAAGUUUACGCCCAAGGCUUUUGAGACGCCUGAUGAGUUCGAGAAGGAGGCUGUGAAACACAUUGAGACCACGCUUGCGCGGUCGCUGUACAACUGCGACGAGGUCGCGGCGUAUGGAGGAACGGCAUUGGCAUUCAGAGACCGACUCAUCCUCGACUGGAACAAGACGCAGCAGAGCCAGACAUUUGCGGACCAGAAGCGCGUCUACUACCUCUCGCUCGAGUUCUUGAUGGGCCGCGCGCUCGACAAUGCUAUGCUUAACGUGGGUCAGAAGGACUCUGCGACCAAGGGUCUGGCCGAUCUGGGCUUCCGCAUGGAAGACAUUAUCUCACAAGAGCACGAUGCUGCCCUCGGAAACGGCGGCCUUGGACGUCUCGCCGCAUGCUUCCUCGACUCGAUGGCCUCGUUGAACUACCCCGCUUGGGGAUACGGCCUACGUUACAGAUAUGGUAUCUUCAAGCAGGAGAUCAUUGAUGGAUACCAGGUCGAGGUUCCUGACUACUGGCUUGACUUCAACCCUUGGGAGUUUGCGCGUCACGACAUCACGGUGGAUGUACAGUUCUAUGGACACGUGAGCCGCUGGCAAGAUGACGAGGGCAAGCAGCACACCUCCUGGGAGGGCGGCGAGACUGUUCAGGCCGUCGCGUUCGAUGUGCCAGUGCCUGGAUACCAGACCCCAACGUGCAACAACCUCCGUCUUUGGGGCAGCAAGGCGGCUAGCGGAGAGUUUGACUUCCAGAAGUUCAACUCUGGCGAGUAUGAGGCUUCAGUUGCGGACCAGCAGCGUGCAGAGACUAUCUCAGCUGUUUUGUACCCGAAUGACAACUUGGAGAGGGGCAAAGAACUCCGUUUGAAGCAGCAAUACUUCUGGUGUGCUGCAUCCCUUUAUGACAUUGUCCGUCGCUUUAAGAAGACCAAGCGCUCGUGGAAAGAAUUCCCGAACCAGGUCGCCAUUCAGCUGAACGACACCCACCCAACGCUCGCUAUCCCCGAAUUGCAGCGUAUACUCGUGGAUUUGGAGGGUCUUGAGUGGGAUGAUGCCUGGAGCAUCGUCAGCAAGACGUUCGGAUAUACUAACCAUACUGUGCUACCGGAGGCUCUGGAGAAGUGGUCGGUACCACUGUUGCAACAUCUUCUUCCUCGUCAUCUUCAGAUCAUCUACGACAUCAACUUGAACUUCCUACAGUAUGUAGAGCGCAACUUCCCCAAGGAUCGCGAAAUGCUGGGCCGGGUAUCGAUUAUCGAAGAGUCGAACCCCAAGAUGGUUCGCAUGGCCUACCUUGCGCUGAUUGGCUCGCACAAGGUCAAUGGUGUUGCUGAGCUCCACUCCGACCUUAUCAAGACCACCAUCUUCAAGGAUUUUGUCAAAAUCUAUGGACCUGACAAGUUCACUAAUGUCACAAACGGUAUCACGCCGCGAAGGUGGCUGCAUCAGGCCAACCCGCGUCUUUCUGCGCUUAUCGCGUCAAAGCUCGGUAGCCAUGACUUCUUGAAGGACCUCACUUUACUCGGCAAGCUUGAGGCCUUUGUCGACGACAAGGAGUUCCGGAAGGAGUUCCGUGAGAUAAAAUAUGCGAACAAAGUUCGGCUCGCGAAGCACAUCAAAGAGCACAACGGUGUCACGGUCAACCCCGCCGCGCUGUUCGAUGUUCAGGUUAAGCGUAUUCACGAGUACAAGCGCCAACAACUUAACAUUUUCGGUGUCAUCCACAGGUACCUCCAGAUCAAGGCUUUGUCCGCGGAAGAAAGGAAGAAGCUCGCUCCUCGCGUGUCCAUCUUCGGUGGUAAGGCUGCGCCAGGAUACUGGAUGGCUAAGACUGUCAUCCACCUCAUUAACAAGGUCGGUGAUGUUGUGAACAACGACCCCGAUGUCGGCGACUUGCUCAAGGUUAUUUUCCUGGAAGACUACAACGUCAGCAAGGCCGAAAUCAUCACUCCUGCCAGCGACAUCUCCGAGCAUAUCUCCACGGCUGGUACCGAGGCCUCGGGCACGAGCAACAUGAAGUUCUGCUUGAACGGUGGCUUGAUCAUCGGUACUUGCGAUGGUGCUAACAUCGAGAUCACACGCGAGAUCGGUGAGGAGAACAUCUUCCUCUUCGGUAAUCUCGCAGAGGAUGUGGAUGACCUGCGCCACGCGCAUCUCUACAACCACUACGAGCUCGAGCCUAAGCUCGCGAAGGUCUUCGACGAGAUCCAUCAAGGGCGCUUCGGCGACGCUGGGGCCUUCAGCGCGCUUCUUAACGGUAUCGUCGAGCACGGCGACUACUACCUCGUCUCUGAUGACUUUGCCUCGUACGUGCAGACUCAAGAGCUGAUCGAUGAGGCGUACAAGGACACGGAGGCUUGGACCACCAAGGCUAUCCUCACGGUGGCCCGCAUGGGCUUCUUCUCGAGCGACAGGUGUAUCGACGAGUAUGCGGAGAGCAUCUGGAACAUUGAGCCGUUAGUGCAGAAGAAGGAAGAGGAGGCGUAGACGGG